GAUCAUCUCUUUCUUAUUGAUCAACGAGCAGCAAACAAAUCCUUGGUUCUCUCAAAACAAACCACAACAGGGCAGAGAGAUAAGGUGGGGAAGGACCCAACCCUGCUCAGCGCCACAAUUUCAGUUUCCCUUCCUUCUAAUUUUAGAAAAUAAUAAACGUCAUCCGCUCCUCAACCUUACCUAUAUCAUCACCUCCAUGCGAAUUCUCUCCACCCCUUUCUACGACUCUUAAGAUUCUCUCUCCUUACUCCAUCAAGAGGAUGCAGACGGACUGCAACCAGCGUCUGGCACGAAUUGCAGCUCAUCUCCAUCCUCCUGGCCUCCAGAUGGGGGAACGCUCUGGACUUCGACGAUCAGAGUGCCGAGCAAAAGGUGGUGCUCCUGGUUUCAAGGUUGCUGUUUUGGGGGCGGCGGGUGGUAUUGGGCAACCCCUUGCAAUGCUGAUGAAGAUGAAUCCUCUUGUCUCUGUUCUCCAUCUUUACGAUGUCGUUAAUUCGCCUGGUGUAACUGCUGAUGUCAGUCACAUGGACACUUCAGCUGUUGUGCGUGGUUUUUUAGGAAAAGAGCAAUUGGAGAAUGCUCUUACUGGAAUGGACCUGGUUAUAAUUCCAGCUGGUGUUCCAAGAAAACCUGGAAUGACCAGAGAUGAUUUAUUCAACAUAAAUGCGGGGAUUGUGAAGACCCUUUGUGAAGGGAUUGUAAACUGCUGUCCCAAUGCAAUUGUGAACUUGAUCAGCAACCCAGUGAAUUCCACUGUCCCUAUUGCAGCUGAGGUUUUCAAGAAAGCUGGUACUUUUGAUCCUAAGCGUUUGUUGGGGGUGACGAUGCUGGAUGUAGUGAGGGCAAAUACCUUUGUGGCCGAAGUUUUGGGAGUUGAUCCUAAAGACGUCGAUGUUCCAGUUGUGGGUGGACAUGCAGGGGUGACGAUUUUACCUCUUCUAUCUCAGGUCAAACCCCAAUACACAUUUACUGCUGAUGAAGUUCGAUACUUGACAGACCGAAUUCAGAAUGGUGGAACGGAAGUUGUGGAGGCAAAAGCUGGUGCUGGUUCAGCAACACUCUCAAUGGCUUUUGCUGCUGCAAAGUUCGCUGAUACAUGCUUGCGGGGCUUGCGUGGGGAUGCUGGCAUUGUGGAGUGUGCAUUUGUUGCCUCUCAAGUAACAGAGCUUCCCUUCUUUGCUUCGAAAGUGCGACUUGGCCGAGGAGGAGCUGAGGAGAUCUACCCACUUGGCCCUCUAAACGAUUAUGAAAGAUCUGGUUUGGAGAAAGCCAAGAAAGAGCUGGCAUCAAGCAUUGAGAAAGGCAUUUCCUUUGUUAGGAAAUAAUAUGGCAAGAUCUCUCCAGUACACUCCCUCUCAUUCCCUUGUACAUCCUCUUAGCUUUAGACCAUUAUAUAAAUCCAAGUUUCUGAGGGAAAUAACUUACACUUCAUGUGGCUGUUAACAUUCAGAAAUCAUGGUUAAAAGAAAAGUAUCCCAUGUUAGGUGCUAGAGGGCCUUUUUAUGUAUUCUUUCACAAGUUUUUGGAUAUGAAAUGAUAUUGAAUAAAAAUAUACAUGGUUCAUGAUUUGGGCAUUACAA